AAUCAAAAACAUUUUAUUUGUGAUCUGUGUUGUGAUUUUAAUCAAAAAUAAAAUUUACUCAUUUUUUCAUCAAUUAAAAUGAAAUCGGAGAAAAAUGAAGAACCUACAGUAACAAUAACUAAUUUAUCUCAAUUGCAGACGUUUAUUAAAGAUAGGAAUAAUUGGCAAAAUGUUUUCUAUAUGUCUGAAAUUCCGGAAGUAUGUAGGGAAUAUCCCUGUAUUUUGGGAAUAGAUGAAGCAGGAAGGGGUCCAGUUUUAGGCCCUAUGGUAUAUGGUACUGCUUUUAUCCCCAUUAACGAACAGACAUUACUAGAGACUUUAGAAUGUGCAGAUUCCAAAGUACUGAAUGAAGAAAAGAGAGACAAGAUUUUUGAGAAAAUAUGCGAUCAGUCAGGCAAAAUUGGAUGGGGAGUAGAAAUAAUAGCUCCAAAUUCAAUAUGCAACAGUAUGCUCAGUCGGUCCAAAUAUUCAUUGAAUCAGGUUUCCAUGGAUGCAGCUAUAGGUUUAAUGAGAGCUGCAGUGAAUUUGAACGUGAAAAUAGAGCAUGUUUAUGUGGACACAGUUGGAAAGCCAGAGAAGUAUCAAGAGUAUCUGAAGUCUAUAUUUCCAAAACUGAAAAUCACUGUGGCUAAAAAGGCAGACUCGACAUAUCCAAUUGUGUCUGCCGCUAGUAUCUGUGCCAAAGUAACUAGGGAUCAUUCAUUGAAAGUGUGGAAUUUUACAGAAAAUUUGGAAGUCGCUGAAUUUGGUAGUGGAUAUCCUGCAGAUCCCCACACAAAACAGUUUUUAACAGAUCAAUUUGAGCCUGUAUUUGGGUAUCCACAAUUGGUAAGAUUCAGCUGGUCAACUGCAGAGAAUAUGCUGAAAAAUGUAGCAUAUCAUAUUGAAUGCGAAGAGGAAGAAGAACAGAAUACACAUCCUCCAAACACUAUGGCUAUAACAUCAUUUUUUAAAAUGACUAGGGAAAAUGCAAAUAAUGUUAAGACAAUGCAUGAGUUUUUUACAAAACGUAAUCUCAGUAGAGAAGUGGACUUUUAAGACUUUAUUUUAAUUCUACAAAAAACAUUGAAAAUCAAUUUUAAUUCAGGUUUUGAUUUUUGAUAUCAAAUUAUUUACUUGUUAAUACUUUACUUUUAUUUAUUAAGUACUUGUUUGUAAUUUUAUUCAAUUAUUGUAAGAAAACCAAUCAACAGCAGCUAUUGUAUCAAAUAAGUAUUUAAAUGCCGAGUUGUGACAUUAAAUCCUAUUAAAAAAUAUGUACCUAGA